GUGUGUACGUGGGUCAGGGUGAAGGCUGUGAUGUGGUACGGAGUCGUACCCCUGCGGAGGCGGGGAUUAGACGUGACGUGCGGUCCCUGGCACGGAGGGCGAACAGCGAGGACAGUAUUGAGGUCAUCAGCACCUCAGACUCCAUCUUCCCCGACGAUCUCAUCUUCACCGCCAUCACAGAGGAGGAGCCUGAGGAGCAUGGAAUCAUGGGUAGUGUAAUCCAGGAAGAGGAGGAUGAGGAGGCAGCAGGUGAGGACACGCCCAUUCAGCAGCACAGCACCCUGGGGAUUGUAGUUCACGAGGAGGCGGCGCACACUCGGCCCCAGGGAAUCAUGGGUAAUAUAGUCCAGACGGAGGGAGAGGAGGAGCUAGAGGACACUCCCACUCGGCCGCACAGCACCCUGGGUAUUGAACUCCAGGAAUUGGAGGAGGAGAAGCCAGAGAGAUGGGACACUCCGGCCCCCACGUCUGAGCCCCAGGGAACUCUGGUCCACCAGGUGUCAGUAGAGUGCUCCUCCCAGCAGUACGAGGGUCACCAUGCCGACGCGGAGGUCAGAGGUCAGGCUGGGCAUGAUAGCGAGCGAGUGGUUCCUGACCUCCAGGUGAACUUUUCUAUCCCCCUGAGGUUAGACGUUAGAGGUCAGGGGUCAGGGGGCCGGCGGUUGCUAGGCGACACCCCUUACAGGCUGAGCGUCGACGAGGCGUCAGACUGUAUGAGCUACGACAGCACCUCUUCCUCUCUGCCCCCCACACGUCUCCACGGCAACCGCAGCGCUAGUAACCCGCGACGACAUCAGCACCAGAGGAGGAAGGCGGGUCUUGGAGCCCUCAGGUUCCUGCGGCAGAAUUCUUUCUCCCAGAAUGCCGUGUUCUGCCUGCUGAGCGGCCGGCCGCUGGUGGUGAUUGGUGGAGAGGAGGGUUCCGUGAGGAGGACGGUCGCUGCCCUGUCGCUCUACCUGCCGUCACCUGGUCGCUAUGGAGAUGCUGUGCAGCCCUACCUGGCCACGCCUCUUCAGCUGACAGACCUGCUCACCUGGAGACUCAUCGGAAUCCACAGGAAGUCGUCUACAGCUCCCAGCAUGCUUCACUCUCUGGCUCGUUACGGACGAUACCUGGCCGUGCUGGACCUGGACCAGCGUACACUGAGAAGCCCCGCUUACCACGGACACCUCAUUGGCAGGCUGGCCAACCCCCACACUCUGAUAGGCCGUGGCAGCACCUAUCUUCUCCACGUGGAGAGCUGCCUCGCUGAGCUGACCGCCAAGGCCUUCCUGUUGUCCUGUUCUCCUGACCUCUCAACUCUAACAUCAGGUGGAGCUCAGAGUUUACCUGGGGGUCAGGCACCACCCAUCUGCCUCGGCCGCGCUGACCUCCAGCUUCCCAGAGUCCCCAGGGAGGACGAGGACUUCACGCUGACUCAGCGUCGCAGGGACUUCCUGUGUGGGCGGGGUUUCAGCGGGGAGGACGACCUACGGGUGUUGCACUUCCUGUCUGACCUCAUCAAACAGCACCACGCAGGAAGUGGUCCUCCGGCCCUCCGCUUCUCCUACAGCCCCGUCCCUUUACAUAGAAAUACCACAACAUAGAUAUACAGCCCCGACCCUUUACAUAGAAAUACCACAACAUAGAUAUACAGCCCCGUCCCUUUACAUAGAAAUACCACAACAUAGAUAUACAGCCCCGUCCCUUUACAUAGAAAUACCACAACAUAGAUAUACAGCCCCGCCCCUUUACAUAGAAAUACCACAACAUAGAUAUACAGCCCCGUCCCUUUACAUAGAAAUACCACAACAUAGAUAUACAGCCCUGUCCCACAACAUAGAUAUACAGCCCCGUCCCUUUACAUAGAAAUACCACAACAUAGAUAUACAGCCCUGACCCUUUACAUAGAAAUACCACAGCAUAGAUAUACAGCCCUGUCCCUUUACAUAGAAAUACCAGAACAUAGAUAUACAGCCCCGCCCCUUUACAUAGAAAUACCACAACAUAGAUAUACAGCCCUGACCCUUUACAUAGAAAUACCACAACAUAGAUAUACAGCCCCGUCCCUUUACAUAGAAAUACCACAACAUAGAUAUACAGCCCCGUCCCUUUACAUAGAAAUACCACAACAUAGAUAUACAGCCCUGACCCUUUACAUAGAAAUACCACAACAUAGAUAUACAGCCCCGCCCCUUUACAUAGAAAUAUUACAGCAUAGAUAUACAGCCCUGACCCUUUACAUAGAAAUACCACAACAUAGAUAUACAGCCCCGUCCCUUUACAUAGAAAUACCACAACAUAGAUAUACAGCCCCGUCCCUUUACAUAGAAAUACCACAACAUAGAUAUACAGCCCUGUCCCACAACAUAGAUAUACAGCCCCGUCCCUUUACAUAGAAAUACCACAACAUAGAUAUACAGCCCUGACCCUUUACAUAGAAAUACCACAGCAUAGAUAUACAGCCCUGUCCCUUUACAUAGAAAUACCAGAACAUAGAUAUACAGCCCCGCCCCUUUACAUAGAAAUACCACAACAUAGAUAUACAGCCCUGACCCUUUACAUAGAAAUACCACAACAUAGAUAUACAGCCUCGUCCCUUUACAUAGAAAUACCACAACAUAGAUAUACAGCCCUGACCCUUUACAUAGAAAUACCACAACAUAGAUAUACAGCCCCGUCCCUUUACAUAGAAAUACCACAACAUAGAUAUACAGCCCCGUCCCUUUACAUAGAAAUACCACAACAUAGAUAUACAGCCCUGACCCUUUACAUAGAAAUACCACAACAUAGAUAUACAGCCCUGUCCCUUUACAUAGAAAUACCACAACAUAGAUAUACAGCCCCGUCCCUUUACAUAGAAAUACCACAACAUAGAUAUACAGCCCCGUCCCUUUACAUAGAAAUACCACAACAUAGAUAUACAGCCCUGACCCUUUACAUAGAAAUACCACAACAUAGAUAUACAGCCCCGCCCAUUUACAUAGAAAUACCACAACAUAGAUAUACAGCCCCGCCCCUUUACAUAGAAAAUCUACAGCAUAGAUAUACAGCCCUGUCCCUUUGCAUAACUAAAGCAUUUCUUCCAUACUGUAUCCUGUCUACACUGUGGAAGGAGAGAUCCAGAGUGGAUCUCUAAUGCCACCCUGUUCCCUAUAUAGUGCACUACCAUAUAUAGAAUCUAGUCCUUCAUUUACCCCUCAUCACCUUCACAAACUGUUAUGUUGUUGUCUGAUAGAAUCAAGUCCUUCAUUUACCCCCUCAUCACCUUCACAAACUGUUAUGUUGUCUGAUAGAAUCUAGUCCUUCAUUUACCCCCUCAUCACCUUCACAAACUGUUAUGUUGUUGUCUGAUAGAAUCUAAUUUAGAAUCUAAAAAUAAUUUAUUAAAGAUUG